CAGCAGGCGCACUACGAGAUCAAGUGUGGGAGUGUAUGUUUGUUUGUGUGUCUGAGAGAUAGAGGGAGAGACUCAUUGGAUAACCACUGUAUUUUGAAGCCAACAGAGUAGUCUGUAGUACACAGAAGAAGAGUAGGACUUUGUUUGCUCAGAGGAGUUGCAGAAAAAGUCAGGAGGAGUGAAUGUUGGAGGAAGACAAAAAGAGAGAAGCGAGACAAAAAGAGAGACAAGCCCCCCCACCUUCCCCAGAGAGCAGGAGGUAAACCGCCGGUAAGCAAAUAUUAAUGACCUGACAUAAAAGCACACAACCAUCCCUGUGUUUAUCAAGACAGCCUUACCUUGGAGCCGUGCACCAGAGGAGCCUGGACAUAUAUACACACACCCGCGCAAGACGAGCCCCCCUCACUGCUCCCCACUUGCUCAUGAUCAUCACUCCCGCCACACGCAGACACAAGGGCCACGCUGACACAGCCAGAGGAGUGUAGGAGAGAAGAGGACACUCGCCCUGUCGUGGGACUUUGUCAAAGUACUAGUCUUCCUUGGAUUUUUUUUUGUUUUUGUUUUUACCCUGAAAGACAGAGUCGUCCUUUUGUGCUGACCUUUCCAAGGCCCCCCCCCCACCCCCCUACCCCACUCCAACCCCAGGAGCAAAGAUGAGCUGCAGGAAAAGGUGCAAACGGGAGAUCUUCAAGUUUGCACAGUACCUGUUCAGACUCGUCACGGGCACGCUCAACACCGACAGCGUCGAAGAUGAGCUUGAACUAUCUGCAGUCCGCCAUCGCCCAGAGGGCCUGGAACAGCUUGAAGCCCAGACACGUUUCUCCCGCAAGGAGCUACAAAUCCUUUACCGCGGCUUCAAGAACGAAUGCCCCAGUGGAGUCGUCAACGAAGAAACUUUUAAAGACAUCUACUCGCAGUUCUUUCCACAAGGAGAUGCUUCAACAUAUGCACAUUUCCUCUUCAAUGCAUUUGACACAGAUCACAAUGGCUCUGUGAGUUUUGAGGAUUUUGUUAUGGGCCUUUCUAUCCUCCUGCGAGGCACAAUCCAGGAAAAACUCAACUGGGCUUUCAACCUGUAUGAUAUUAAUAAAGAUGGAUAUAUCACUAAAGAGGAAAUGCUAGACAUCAUGAAGGCCAUCUACGACAUGAUGGGAAAAUGCACAUACCCUGUUCUCAAAGAGGAGACGCCUCGUCAGCAUGUAGAAGUAUUCUUUCAGAAGAUGGAUAAAAAUAAAGAUGGAGUGGUAACCAUAGACGAGUUCAUCGACUGCUGCCAAAAUGAUGAAAACAUCAUGCGAUCAAUGCACCUCUUUGAAAAUGUUCUUUAACUUUUGGCUGACAGUGGAAGGCUUUGGAAGAGAACACCAUCUUUAGCUUGGCCCAAUAACUGACUUGGACUCAUACUGUGUACAGUGUGCUAUGCAGACUUUUGACCAUAGAUAAAAUAUUGUUCAUUACUGUGGGCCACGAGUAGGAGUAGGCAAUAUGGUGCAGACACUCUGGAAUUAAUUGCCCGUUGAGCAUUUUAUUGAAGAAGUAGAAUUACAUAAAAAAACAAAUAGAAAGGACAGGAAAAAACUAAGUUUUUGAAGCUAUAGUUUGACCUUUCAAAAUGAAAACAUCCUAACUCCAAGGUUGAUUUCCGCCACCUGUUUCUGGAGUGUCUCUCUAUUUGCUGAACACCGAGUUCAGCAACGUGUGAUAGCCUCCGACGUUAUAAACACAGACAUUUCCGAUGAAGGGGUUUAGACCGGUUCCUUCCGUCUCUGUUGCAGCCGUGACUCGUUUUAUUUACUGCCAGGUGAAAUCACUGUGAAUUUUUACAGCAUCAAAAAAAAAAAAAAAAACUGAACAAAAUAUCUGACGUCUCUGUUUUGACAUUCCAGACCGGCUCUCAAUUCCAGAGUGUUCUUACCCCGACUUAAUUAACCAUUGUGGUCUGUCUUUUUGCUCUUUGAAAGGAAGCAUUUAGAGAAAAACAACACAUCCAUUGUAUCAUUUUAAAUUGUACAUACUAUAGAUAAAGCAUUAGAUAAGAACUCUAUGAGAAACUUUUCAACUUUGUUCAUGUUUACUUGCCAACUAGAAUGAGACAACACAAGGAUUGUAUUGAUGUCAAAUCGGACCAUAAUAUCGAUGGUUUGUCUACAGAAGCACACAGGUAGCUAUAUUUACCAUGAGUAUAACAUUAGAUGACAAUAUCUUUGACAUAAGAUAAAUGCUGCUUUCGGUGUAUUUCAUUUAACCCUGUGUAUGUACGUUCCCUGUAAAGUAAACCUAUCCAUAUGUUUUUAUUUUUGUUUUUGCAGCACUGUUUAGGAGUUUACACUAAGAACAGUACUGGAGAUUAUUUAUACGGUAUUAUGAUCAUUGUACAAAAAUAUUAUCAGUUGUACAGUAUUAAAUGAAAGUUUGCUCUCGGGUGAAUUACAGAUCUUUAGAUUUGUCCAUAUAAUUCACUGUUUUUAGUGGGGGUUUGGUUGUUGAUAAAAACACUGUAACUUUGUAUUAUACUAAUCAUUUUUGGGUUGUUGGCUAAUAUGCUUCCUGCUGUUUUCCUCCUCCUCUUCCUCCUCCUGGUCCUGUGGGCUAAAGUCUGGCUGCCCACACCUAUUCAACCUGAUUGGUUCCUGCUGUCUGUGAUUAAAGCAUUGCUUGGCCCCAAAUGUGAGCAAACACAAGGCAUGCUGGGUAGAAGUCUCACUCACUGAUUUCCUCUUGCUCGUUGGAAACUACUGGAUCACUGAGAGAAGUGUCUGGACAUUAUGUAAGUAAGUUAAGAGUGUUGCAAUAUGACUUGUUCUUGUUUUUAUCAAUGACUUGGAUAUUGGAUACAGGAAGUAUCCAUCAAACCAGCUGUAUACUUGACAAGUGGCUGAUGUUUGCUGAAUAAUUUGCAGCAUUUGACAGUUUAUCAUGUUGUUUUUCAUUCAUGCAGUCUGUCAGUGCACUGCGUUACUGGCAGUCGCAAUCACAAACACAAAACUCCUCAGUGAGGCAUGUUACUCAUCUAUUCAUUAAGUAAAGAAAAUGGCACAUUUUUCUCAGUUGUAUUCUUUCUGCUCAUAUUAUUGAAGGUAAUGUUUAUAUUUCCCACCAUGAAAUGCAUCAAACCUGCCAUUGUUUCCUUAAUUUGUGUGCCUUAAUGUUUGUAAAAUGUUACAUGUAAGUGUGGUUGACAACUCAAGUUUUUAUUCUUAGGAAUAUGAUUAUAAACUGAUGAAAUUGGGGGGACUACAUUUACUACAUUACCCACUUCUAAAUAUAUCUACAAUAGAUCCCAAAAAACAAUCAAGUCUAUGACAAAAGUGACAAAAAUAAACAGUACAAAAAGCUUACAAA